CUCUUCGCGUGUACGACUUUAUAUCCCGGACAUGCAUCACGAUAUACGCUGAUUAGGUCAAUGAAAUAAUUCUCAUAAUCGUAUCACGUGCGGUUUCAGACUUAAAAAGCAAUGUAACAAGAGAGGGGAAGAUCCUCGAAAGAAAUUCGGCUACAAUAGAGUGACGAAUAGAAAGAAAGAAAGAAAGAAAGAAAGAGAGAAAAAAUGUCGUAAUGGUAAAACGGGAAGGAGAGAUCGGUGAGUUGACGAGUCCACAGUGUGUCGUCGACUCGCGGCGGCUGAUUUACGCGUGGCAAUAAAUAAAUUGGUAGAUAACGGUUACUCGGUUAUCGUUCAAAGUCAAAAUGGCGACUUCCUUUUUGUCGUACGAAAGGGAGACCCGGCCCGAGACUCUCGGUCGGAUCAUUGCGCUGAGAGGGCGCGCGCGCGCACGAGAUAUACCACCGUCGAUCGUCUUUAUUCGCGAAACCAUGUGCUCUCUUCGUUGACAACAAAAAACAAACAAAAAAAGUCAUUCAAAACAUAUCUUUGUAGAAACGAAAUAACGCCGAACGUGAAAGUAAUUUCGAGUAGAUUCUUCUAAUAAAGUGCAAUAUUUUAUAUUAUGUGAUGAUCUUGUUAGAUUUAUACGUAAUCCUUUUUUUUUUUUAAUUGUUUUUCAAAGUCGUUCGACUUAAUCUUCGAAGACUUUGCAAAUCUAAUCGAAUCGAAUCGAAUCGAAUGAUUUACAAGAUUCAGUGCUUUUCGAAUUUACGAGUUUAAAGUGCAAGAACGAUGACGUACAAUGCGAAGAGAAUCAUCGAGCCGAUACAGGGCAGGACCGACACGGAAAUUACGCCGUCGAGCGGUAUUAAAAAACGGAGAUUGCAAUGUAUUGCAAUCUCGAAUCUCUCGAAGGUCCUUGCGUUUCCUCCAGGACAUCUUCACGACCCUGGUAGAUACGCAAUGGCGAUGGACCUUGCUCUGUUUCGCAUUGAGCUUUCUCCUCUCUUGGUUGGGUUUUGCGGUGAUCUGGUGGCUGAUCGCAUUCACUCACGGUGAUUUCGAGGAACGUCACUUACCACCGUUUCAAGUUGAGAACAAUUGGACACCGUGCAUCUACAAUAUCUUCUCUUUCACGAGCUGCUUCCUCUUUAGCAUCGAGACACAACACACGAUCGGUUACGGUAGUCGAUCGACAACCGAGGAAUGUCCGGAGGCAAUCUUCGUGAUGUGCAUACAGAGCGUCGCCGGUGUUAUGAUACAAGCAUUUAUGGUUGGAAUAGUUUUUGCGAAGAUGAGUAGGCCAAAACAGAGGACGCAAACCCUUCUGUUUUCAAAAAACGCAGUGAUUUGCCAACGGGACGGCGAGCUCUGUCUGAUGUUCCGUGUUGGUGAUAUGAGAAAGAGUCAUAUCAUUGGUGCAGCCGUGAGAGCCCAAAUGAUCAGGUCAAGGACCACCAAGGAAGGUGAAAUCUUAUCGCAAAAUCAACAUGAACUGGCAGUGGGCACCGACGGACAGAACGGCAAUCUCUUUUUCAUUUGGCCGACGACGAUCGUUCACAAGAUUAACGCGGACUCGCCUUUCUACAAUCUUUCAGCGGAGGACAUGCUCACGGAGAGAUUCGAAGUAGUUGUCAUAUUAGAGGGUACCAUCGAAUCGACCGGACAAACCACUCAGGCAAGAUCCAGCUACUUGCCUCAAGAGAUACUCUGGGGUCAUAGAUUCGAACCUAUGGUGAUGUAUUCGAAAGAAAGACAAGGUUACGAAGUGGAUUAUUCUCUCUUCGAUAGCACCACGCAAGUCGAUACUCCCCUCUGCUCUGGUAGAGAGCUCGCAGAUUUUUACAGGGUUCAGGAUGAGAUUCGUCAAGGGAAUAGUAUAAUAAUAGACGAGGAUCAAUUGGACUUUAGUCAGGACGUACAAAGCCAUUGUUAUUGCGGACUUCGUUCGUCGGCUCCACCGAAUCACCAUCGUCAUCAUCAUCAUCAUUAUCGUCUUUUAACGUACAUCGACAGCACAAGAAGUGAGAACAGUUUAGAAGAAGUGCCAUUCGGUAGACACGCCUGUAGAGACGUUAAUUGCACCGGUCAUGGUCCUCCAGUGUUAACAAAUCUUCAUCGAGAGAUUGGUCAAUCAAAGUUGACGGACACCGAGUUGGACGCUAUACAAGUUAUGAGUGACGCCGAGUUUCGACAUCUAUCUGAAGCGGUGAACAGAGAGAUCAUAAAAAACAGUCGAGAGAUAGUCUUCGAGGAGGAAUUUCGAGAAGGUGAGACAUCUAAAGAAGAACAUCAAGGAAAGUCAAAUCAGGUUUGUUUGAAAAAAAGUCUCAUGAAGUAUCCGCUUCUCGACGAAGAGAGGAGAUCAUUGAACGGCUCGAGAAGGAAUCUCUCCAAUCGAAAUUUUCCUGUGGGAUGUGACGAAGGUAGAAGAUCUUUGAACGGUUCGAGAAGAAAUCUAAACGGUUCGAAAAAAUAUCUGGUGUUGGCCAUCGAUCGAUCGAAUAGCAAUCGAAAUUUGAAUGUUACCAGUGGUGAAAGUUUGAUCGCUGCUAGACGUCACACAGGUAGUAGGGAACAUUUAGACGGUAUCAAAAAAAAUAUCGUUUGCGGUAUGAAAGGAUCAAAGGAGAUGCACGAGUUGCCUGAAACGAAGCGUCGGUUGAACGUCAGUGACAUCGAAGUACAGAAUAGAGUUAGUAUCGAAACGGAGAAGACAUUUACCAGAGGACAGGCUGAUCUUCGUGACAUUUUCACAACUACCGAGGAAGGACAUUUUUCGGCCAGAUCACCGAGAAGUCCACAAUCUCCGUUCUCGGAUCUCUCUCCGGAAUCUGGAUUUUUCGAAGGUAAUCAAUCCAGUCCGGAAAGUAGCCAAAGAUUUAGCCGAGUUCCUAGCAUUUCUACUAGAAAUCGUAGGAGUUACGAGAACGCCCAAUUGCAGGACGUUAAUCGGGCUCUCUCGAAACGUAAUAGUGCCAGCAGCUUGUCCGAUAGCGAUGGACAGAGCAAAACUUUGAUUGCCGAUGUCGAGCCAUUAGUCGCCAAUAGCAAACAACAACUGAACGGUACUAAUUCGAAGCAAACGAUCUCUUAUACAAGCGUUUGAUCACGAGUGCCUUAACACUGUACCACGCUACUUUCGUUUUUAUUAUUAUUCUUUCUAUCGCUAUAAUAUAAUAUUAUAGAGAAAUACGGGAAGACAGUUCGCUUUCGGCCGCGGGUCGGUCUUAACAAUAUAAAUUCGAAUUAUCCAAUACAGUUCGCUUAACGAACGCAUUGAAUACAGUGCCUUUCGUUUUAUCGUGAUAUUCGAUUUCUAAUGAAUUGAAUUAGCUUCGCCUACCUAUCUACCUACCUACCUACCUACCUACCUAUCUAUCUAUCUAUCUAUCUAUCUAUCUAUCUAUCUACCUACUUACCUAUCUACCUACCUAUCUACGUUAGUAUAAUUUAUAAAUAUAUCAUUUACCGCUGUUAGUGUUCAAUGAAAACGACACAACGUGUUUCUCGUUAAGUUAUCGGAUUUCUCAAAGCUAUCUUCUCCGAAUAAGUAUAUUUUCAAGAUUGACCGUUUCCCGCGCGAUUCGUUCCACGAUAUUCACAGAUAUUCUAGAAUAUAAGUUCGAUUGACGGAUUAAAUAAAUGAAUAAGCAACGACAACAAUAACAACGAAGAAAAAGAAACGAGCUAGGAAAGGCAAAGAAAGAGAAAGUAAAAAAAUACGAUGUAACAAUUUUCUUCUUUCUAUCGUAGCACGUUUUUUAGUCUUUUCAUUAAUUAAUCUUUAUUUUCGUUGAAUAUUUAUUGCUCACGAGUUUAGAGAGUAAGCGAUAGCGCGAUAUUUGUAUAUAAGGCAUUUUAAAUAGUGAUUAUGUAUUAUUACGUGCAUGUAACGUAGAUAUACAUAUCUUAAAUAAGUACAUACGUACGUACGUAGUGUCAUUCCUUUCAACGAAUCGCAGGACGAAAGAAGAAUCGUUUAUGAUAGAAAAAUUGUGCGACUUGUGCACUCGAAGCAAGAAAAAAAUCAAGUGUCUUCCUCUCAAAUACAUAAUAAUAUCUUAUAACGCGGAUAUCUAUGCCUGCCACCAUGAUUACUCCGAAAUAAUUUCAGAGAAAGUAUUUGUAAUAAAGACAAAUGCAAACUUAA